AUGAGCUCCGUCCAAGCUUCUGCGUGGCAAGUAAUAUUUACGAUCUGCCUCACAGUCCGUUGGUGCACAACUAGUCCAGUGAUCAACGAUGGGGUACUGCAGGAUCUAAAGAAACUUAACCUGAGCCAGGCCAAGCUCGUCGCGGAUAACUCCACCAUCAAGUGCAGUUUUACACCAAAUCUCUGCGAUUGGCAGCUGCAUCUGUACGGGGGUCACUCCUUCAGUGUUCCACUUCAACCAGUCGUAGAUAAAACCAUCGCUCAAAAAACAACUACUGUUCGAGAAACCUUUGAAUUGACCCCUCCAGGAGCUGGACCGCAACUAUUCCUUGUGGCCGAGGUGGAGCCCAAACCCAAAAAGGAAAUGCGACGCAAAAGAAAGUUAGCGCGACAAACUCCUUUUAACUACUUGAGUAAACAUAGAUUUAUCUUGCUGGUGUUGCAAUAA